GCAGCAGCAGCAGCAGCAGCAGCAGCGUCCAGGCUCUGAGCGGCACAACCUGCAGGUCCCUGCGGCACAUCAAAGGCUGAUGAGACCGACACAGAGGACACUGUGGUGUCGUUUCCUGUCAGCUGCACUGUGUUGAGUUCACGGCUGCAGGUCUGCGGGUCUGAUGCGGACUCGUUAGAUUCCCGACGAUGGCUUAAAGGAGCAGGUGCACCGCCGGGGACGUCGCCUUUAAGAAAUUGCUCCAAAAGGGGGGCUACUCUUUCGGGGGUGGGAGGCUUGUGGCCGUUGUUUGGUUUGUUUUGUUGUCACUUCCGGGCGAGGCGUCGGCGAAUUAGCAGAUCUCACCGCCCGGCGACGAAGAAGAAGUUGGCCGGCAUCGAUGCUUCGAGCGGGCAGGAUGGAGGAGUUUGUCACGGAGGAAGAGGAGCCUUGGUACGACCAGCGAGACCUGGAGCAAGACCUGCACCUGGCAGCCGAGCUCGGCAAGACUCUGCUGGAACGCAACAAGGAGCUGGAGGACUCCCUGCAGCAGAUGUACAUCAACAAUGAGGAGCAAGUGCAGGAGAUAGAGUAUCUGUCCAAGCAGCUGGAAAUGCUGAGGGAGAUGAACGAGCAGCACGCGAAGGUGUACGAGCAGCUGGAUGUGACGGCCAGGGAGCUGGAGAUCACCAACGAGAAGCUGGUGCUGGAGAGCAAGGCGUCGCAGCAGAAGAUCGACAGGCUGAUGGGCACCAUGGAGACCCUGCAGGGUCAGGUGGACAGUCUGACGUCUCGGGUGGAGGAGCUGAGAACCCUGGAGGAGCUGAGGGUCCGCAGGGAGAAGAAGGAACGACGCAAGACGGUCCACUCCUUUCCCUGCCUCAAAGAGCUCUGCACAGCGCCGAGGUAUGAGGAUGGUUUCCUGUUGGCCAAUCCGGGCAGUGUGGACCUGGCAGACAGCCAGCCGAUGGACGAGGAGAACGAGCGCCUCAGAGACAUCGUCACCUCCCUGCGCUCGGCGAUGGCCACCGAGCGCUCGAAGAGGGAAGGCGCUGAGCGGGAGUGUGCUGCGGUGCUGCAGGAGUUUGAGCGUCUGGAGCAACGCCUGACGGGAGCCGAGGGCUGCCAGCUGCGGGUCCAGGAGCUCGAGGCUGAGCUCCACGAGAUGCAGCAGCUGAGGAAGUCCAGGAUGUGUUUGGUUGGUGGCAUGGAGGAAGGCCUGGAGACGCUGCUCAGAAACGGCCCGGAGACGGACACCCCAGAGGACGCCGUGGGGCUGGAGGAGGGGGGCGAAGGAGGUUCUGGAGACGCGGGGGGAACGGGGCAGCAGGGCGGCCCGGUGAGGAAAAGCUGCAGCGACACGGCUUUGAACGCAAUCUCAGCCCGUGACGCCUCAGGGAGACGACAGGGAAGCUACGCCAUGCACGCAAACGGCGUGCGCAAACGCGGCAUGUCGAUCCUGCGCGAGGUGGACGAGCAGUACCACGCCCUGCUGGAGAAAUACGAGGAGCUGCUGGGGAAGUGCCGGCGCCACGAGGAGAGCCUGUGCCACGCGGGGGUCCAGACAUCCAGGCCCGUCUCCAGAGACCCCUCCAUGAAGGAGUACAUCAUGAUCUCUGCAGGGCCCUCCACAUCCGGGGCCGCCGACGCCGCCGCCGGCCCCCCUACACCACCUCAGACCCCCUCCACGCCCGAGGCCCUGGAAGGGAUCAGCAGGCAGGUGGAGCAGGUGGACAAGCGGCUGAGCCAGAACACGCCCGAGUACAAGGCCCUGUUCAAAGAGAUCUUCUCUCGCUUGCAGAAGACGAAGAGUGACAUGAGCUCCACCAAGAGCAGGAAGACUCACAAAUGAGCUCCAACCAACGUAUUCACGCGGCAGCCAUGUUGCUCUGACAUCAUGCCCGGGGUGGGACGUCAAAUUCUGUUAGAGGCUCUCAAGUUUUUGAUUCCAACAAUCACCAAAUAACGGAUAUUUGAAUUUAAAUAUAUUUAAAAUGUUGAAAACCUUAUUCCGGACUCUCUGGAACACGCAGCAGUGUCAGGUUAUGACAUCACGUGAGCCUCCCACCUUAAGCGUGACGUCAGAGGAAAAUUGGCCGCCAUGUGAAAAUGGUGAAAAUAACAGCUACUGACACGACCUGCACAUCUACCUUUAUUAAUCAUACUGUUUUUGAAACCUCCUCUCGUUGCCUGCAGUCCUGGGAUUGGUUGAUAAAUGAUAUCGUUAGCGGUGGAUGCCUCCGUCUGCUCUUAAUGCAGUCCAUUAAAAAAAACUGCCAAAUGUUAAAUAAAGUUGAUGUGGAUGAAACGUACGGAAGCCCAACGUACAUGCAAUCGUACAUUUUAUUUUACUGCUUAUUUUCUCGAGGUCUCAACUUAUUUACGUCGUUAUCUUAAGAUAACAACGUUCGUUUUCAGUGAUGGCGAGUUAAUUUCUCGUAGAAAUCGACUGAAAUUAUUUUCUCAUAGCGGGAAAAUCAGCAUUUCUAUCCCAAGAAAUUAAAAAAAUAAAAAGUUAAGAUCUCGAGAAAAAUCCGGACACUUCUCAGAAUCGUUAGGAAAACAUAGUAAGAUAAAUUGUAUGUAUGCAUGUCCUCUUCAGGCUUCCGUAGAAAUGCCUUUGUGUGACUGGAAGUUUUAGUUUCUGUCUUAAGAAAGUUGAAGUGUUUGAUGUAGUAUUUUUACAAAAAAUGUGCUGGUACAGCUGUUUUAACUACUACUGCCAUUUUAUUUUCUAUUUAUGUAAAACAAUAAUACAGCCAAAUAAUAUAUAUGAAGACAAACAGGCCAUUUGAAGCAUGUAAGAGCUGGGUUGGUUUUUUCAAAGUAAAUCACUAAAGCUUUUUAAGCAGCUUGAAAUGCUGUUUUUCAAGCUGCAGGGGAAUGAUUCAGGGCUUGAUUGAUCCUCUUAUACAUGAUGAAUCCGUUCUGCACUGUGCGGCGAAAUGUUCUUGUAGUUAACUAUUAAAAUGUCUUACAAUGUUCUUUGAAGGAAAUGUAUAAAUAAUGUUCUUUUUGAUUAAGCGCUCAGGGAAGCAACAAUUCAAAUCCUUCUGCAAAAAAAAUGGAUCUAAUGUCUGAAAAAAAAAAAAAAAAACAAGUGGACACGAGCAGCAGUCCGAGUCUAGACACUUUAAUGUGAACACAGGAGAUCAGUACACUGCAGGUAGCACAGGUAGCAUACAGAGAAACAUCCCAAAUGAAGCUGCUGGACUCCAUUCACAUACAGUGUAUGAUAAAAAAAAAAACAAUACUUUUUUUUUUUUUUAAAUGGCAGGAUGUCUGCUGCGGGCCUGAUGUCUCGAUACUGGUUCAGGAAGUCAAUGACAGACGACAUUUCACCUCGCUGAUGUUGAGCACUAUGUGGUUGUUAAGAGACCCGAGGCACGGUGAGCGUUGGUUAUUUUACACGAGGAGAGUCCCUGAGGAGGAUGGGAAUAUGUCCUCAGGUGCUGGAGGGACAUUAAUACGACCUGGACUUUUAUUUACAGAUGUAGCUCUAAAGAAAGAUGCUAAUAUAAAGGAGACUACACGUACUUGUAGUUAUGAAUCCUUUACAAAUAAGACCUGAAAUAAAGGUGUUAAACUCCUUAGUCCUGACGCCCUGUCCAUGUAUUACAAAGUAUGGUUAUAAAAACAGGCUCACGUGAUGGUCUGGAAAAUGUAAUCAGAAGGCAACUUGCUCAACUUGGUUAUUUAUUUCUGUUUGAUUAUUUCUAUAAGGCCACGUGGCUGCGAUAAAAACACCCUGAUCCAAAGAGGAGCAACACAAAUCGAGGGGGGGGGGGUUACAAGAGGUCAGAGGUAAUUUUGUCCCGCCCCCCUCAGUCCUCUCUGCAGACUCCAUAGGGGCCCUUUAAAGAGGUGGCCUUAAUUCCAAAUAAUUUACCAAAGACUCUGGUGCAAAUAAUCUGCUCAAAGGCUUAAGGAGGGCUGCGUCCAAGAGUCGUCUCCAGCAUCGAUUGCUCAACGAGCGCACAGUGGCCACAUACAGUACAAACAGCUCCACUGCUCCCAGUACAAUGCUUCCAAAAAAGGCAAAUCACGGUAAUCAUACAAAAGCAUCUGAAAUGUAGAGAAGGAUGAAAA